UUAGUGUUGAAAGACUACAUAUAUAGAAAUAAUUUACGCAGUCAUUUAGUUUUCUCUGACGAUUCCGGAGUGAGCUGGUUACUCGAAAACAACAAUAAUAUUAAAUAGUUAUCAAUUAUUAGGCCAUUUAUAUUUGUGUAUUUUUGUAAACUUUAUUUAAAUAAUGUAAUACCACAAUUAUAACCAACAUCGUUUUAUUUACAUUCUAAGUUUGAUUAUUCAUAAGUCAUAAUAUUACAUGUUUUGAUGUCAUCAAACACAAAGAAAAAAUGUCAGAAAUAGAUUUUCCUAUAGAUGAUGAGAUAUUUCUGUCAGAGUUUUUUUCUGAUGAUAAUAUUCCCAUAAGUACCAGCUCUCAACUUAGUUCAAAUAAAUCGAGCUCAACAUCAUCUAUUAGUGUUAUCGAACCAGAAUCUAUAAAAAAUAACAUUCCUGAGUGGAAAGGAGUUAGUAUGAAUGAAAUUUAUAAGGGCUUGGGUAGUUACGAUUGUCAAGAAUUUCCACCAAUCAAGCCUUCCGCAAAUCAUACAGUAUUAGUACAGUUGCCAUUACCUGCACGGGGACCACCAAAGCCAUAUCCUUCCUAUCUAACAAAUAAAUGGAGCCAAGGUUAUGUACAUAUGCCGUACUCUAUUUAUAGCCUUUAUCCUAAUGAACAGCAAGGAGACAAUCGCCAUUGCCGAUACCGGUGGGAAAUAAUUCAAGAAUCCUUACUGCAAACUAUUAUGUCUAGCCAUCAAUUAGAAAAAGCUAUUUUAUCGUAUAAUCAUUUGUAUACACACAGAUGGAAUUUCUCAGCAUUACAUCAUUUUUUCUUAGAGACUUUGGAAGAAGAAGAAGUUACUGCAUUUUUUAAAACAUUAUUUCCUAAAAUGGUGGAUCUUGCCUUGCAACUUCCUAGAUUAGUAACAGAUGCAAUACCUCUCCUGAAAUCUCAUUCGAAUAAAACUAUCAGUCUUAGUCAACAACAAGUUUCAUGUUUAUUAGCGAAUGCAUUUUUUUGUACAUUUCCAAGACGCAAUUCUUCUAGUCCUACGUCCGAAUACUCAAAUUAUCCUCACAUCAAUUUUAAUAGACUUUUCUCAGCAAUUAGGAAAGAUAAGCCUAAUCGACGUGAGUCAGUAAUGGAGAAAUUUAAAUGCAUCUUUCAUUACUUCAGAAGAGUAACAAGUAAAGUUCCGGAAGGAGUAAUAACGAUUCAACGGCGUUAUAUUCCAAAACACGACUUUCCAAAAUGGGAUAAUAUUGAGAAAAAAGUUUUACCGUUACAUAUUACUAGUAGUGGAACAAUAGAUAACGAUGGAGCUGGUCUUCUUCAAGUCGAUUUCGCUAAUAGAUAUGUAGGUGGAGGUGUACUUACAAUGGGUUGCGUACAAGAAGAAAUACGCUUUGUUAUCUGUCCUGAACUUAUGGUAACCAUGUUGGUUACAGAAGCUUUAGAUGACACGGAAGCUCUUGUUGUUAGUGGUGUUGAAAGAUACAGCAAAUACGAAGGAUACAGUAACAGUUUCAAGUGGACUGGUGACUUCGUUGAUGAAACACCUCGAGAUAGUAGUGGAAGGCGCAAAACAACUAUUGUUGCUAUUGAUGCACUACGUUUUACUCAAACAGCAUUGCAAUUUAAUUUGAACAAAAUAAUACGCGAACUUAAUAAGGCAUAUGUGGGAUUCGUUGGUUACGAUUUGUACAAAGAUAAUUUACCUGGAGUAGCAACUGGAAAUUGGGGUUGUGGUGCUUUCCGAGGGAAUCCCAAAUUAAAAGUAUUAUUGCAAUUAAUGGCAGCUUCAGUAGCUGGUCGAGCUAUGGUAUAUUUUACAUUUGGAGAUCCAACUUUACGAGAUGAAAUAGCAGCAAUGCACUUGCAUCUAGUAAAACAGAAUAUAAGUAUAGCACAUCUGUUUUCUUUAUUAUCACAAUACGGUGAAUCAAGGACACGUCAUCAAGAUUUUUACGAUUAUUUAUACAGUAAAACGAGAACAGAAUCUACAUCUGCUUUGACGUAAUAUUUAAAUAUAAAAAUUAUUAUAAUUCAGAAGAAAGACUAUAUACAUUCAAGUAGUCAAAUUUGUGAAUUUCUUAA